AUGGCUGCUACGGUCAUGAGCUUGGGAGCUGAAACACCUGUAGUAAUCUUCAGCAAAACAUAUUGCUGUAUAUCCCACAGUAUAAUAAUACUUAUACGCAAAUAUGGAGCAAACACCACAAUCCAUGAGCUCGAUGAGCAUCCAAAUGGACAGCAGCUGGAAAGGGAACUCGAGGCACUGGGAUGUAAAACAAGCACGCCAACUGUGUUCAUAGGGAAGCAGCUUAUUGGGGGUGCUAAUGAAGUCAUGAGUCUACAUGUUAAAGGGAAGUUAAUCCAACUCCUCUUAGAGGCUAAAGCCAUAUGGGUGUAG